UUUGGGAAGUUAGAGAUUCAAAUCCUUGCUAUAGACUUUUGAAUGAAAAGGAUUUCAAAUCUCAAUUUCCAGUUAAACUUGAAAUAAUAAUAAAAAAGAAAAUGGCAUUUUCAGGAAGCCAGCAGAAAUGUAAAGCUUGUGAAAAAACUGUUUAUAUUGCAGAGAUGAUUUCUACAAAUGGUGUUGUUUAUCAUAAUACAUGCUUUAGGUGCAAUCAUUGCAAUGGAAGGCUUGCAUUGAGCAAUUAUUCAACCCUUGAUGGAGCUUUAUAUUGCAAGCCUCAUUUUGAACAAAUUCUCAAGGAGAAAGGAGGUGCCUCGUUGAAGCAUUCUACAUCAUUGGGGAAGCUAAAUGAACUGAACAGAAGCCCUAGCAAAGUUUCGGCUCUCUUUUCUGGUACUCAAGAUAAAUGUGCCGCAUGUAAAAAGACUGUUUACCCCUUAGAAAAGGUGACAGUAGAUGGUGAAAUGUACCACAAAUUAUGCUUCAAAUGUGCACAUGGAGGUUGCAAACUUACAACAUCAUCUUAUGCUGCAUUUGAUGGACGUCUCUAUUGCAAACCUCAUUUCUCUCAAUUAUUCAAAGAAAAAGGUUCCUACAACCAUCUCAGCAAAACUGCUUCAAUGAAGAAAAAUGAAAAUGAUCAAGAAGGCUCUAGUACUACUACUGCUGAAGAACCAAUUAAACCAGAGGAGACACAAGAUUAGUCAUAAUAGUACAAUAUACCUAGUUUGCAACAUUUUAGCAAUUGUCUAAUUUCCUUUUUCUUCCCUCUCUAAUUUCAUCAUAUGUUUUUUUAUUUAAUUUGCGAAUUGUCAUCUAUAUUGUCGCCUUUUGUCUUUUUGUCUUCUUGGGCCGAUGGUCUUUCGAAAACAGUAUCUCUGUACUCCUUCGGAUAGGGGUAAGGUCUGCGUACACACUAUCCUCCCCAGACCCCACUAGUGGGAUUUCACUAGGUUGUUGUUGUUGUUGUUGCGAAUUGUCAUUCACACUCCUUCUAUGUGUUUUGGGAGAGCAACAUAAAGUUGUUUCUAUGCGA